AGUGCCGCCACUUCGCAGUACACCGUGAGUCAGCCGACGGCGACGCCAGUUCGCCCACCAGCACAACGCCGAAGUCACCCAGCAGCCGCGCACCAACGGAGAAGCGCCGAAGUCACCCAGCAGCCGCGCACUAACGGAGAAGCGCCGAAGUCACCCGGCAGCCGCGCUCCAACGGGGAGCGCCAGCAGUCUACGCGUCAGUAACGGAGCUGUGGUCGUGAACGCACAGCUACAAACGAAUAGCGCUCGACUUGUGGAUAGGCGACUACACAAGGCUUGGCUAUUCAAGGGUAGAGCGCCGCCACGCCACAGUCCACCGCGAACACGCGCGACAGCGACGCCCGAUCGUGGGAUAACAGUGCGCUGGCAUAGCAGAGCGCCGACAUCGCACAGAAGCAGAGGGCCGGCAUAGUAACGCCGACGUCACAUACUAGCAAA